AGGUCUUCCUUUUUCCAUUGGUUCACCCUCCAAGUGGCCGCUACGGCCGGGGCGCUGCACCAAUCCAAAGCCAGGAGCCAGGUGCUUCCUCCUGGUCUCCCAUGGGGGUGCAGGGCCCAAGGGCCUGGGCCAUCUUCCUCUGCACUCCCGGGCCACAGCAGAGAGCUGGACUGGAAGAGGAGCAACCGGGACAGAAUCCGGCACCCCAACCGGGACUAGAACCCACGGUGCCGGCACCGCAGGCAGAGGAUUAGCCUAGUGAGCCAUGGCGCCGGCCUGUUGUAAUUUUUAAAGCCAAGUUGAGGCAGACAAAAGAAAAUUGUCAGUAUGAAAGAGCUCAAAAAGUGGGAUGAAUUUGAAGAUAUUUUAGAAGAGAGGAGGCAUGUCAGUGACUUGAAAUUUGCAAUGAAAUGCUAUACACCUCUUGUCUACAAGGGUAUUACCCCUUGCAAGCCAAGUGAUAUCAAAAACAGUGUUCUCAAUUCUGAAGAGAUUCAUUAUGUCAUUAAGCAGCUUUCCAUGGAAUCACUUCAAUCUGUUGAUGUCCUCCGAGAAGAAGUUUGUGAGAUCUUGGAUGAAAUGAGCCACAAACUGCGUCUGGGAGCCAUACGGUUUUUUGCUUUUGCCCUGAGCAAAAUAUUUAAACAAAUUUUCUCAAAGGUGUGUGUAAAUGAAGAAGGUAUUCAAAAACUACAACGAGCCAUCCAGGAGCAUCCUGUUGUCUUGCUGCCUAGUCAUCGAAGUUAUAUUGACUUUCUCAUGUUGUCAUUUCUUUUAUACAACUAUGAUUUGCCUGUGCCAGUUAUAGCAGCGGGAAUGGACUUCCUGGGAAUGAAAAUGAUUGGUGAGCUAUUGAGGAUGUCAGGUGCCUUCUUCAUGCGGCGCACCUUUGGUGGCAAUAAACUCUACUGGGCUGUAUUCUCUGAAUAUGUAAAAACUAUGUUACGGAAUGGUUAUGCUCCUGUUGAAUUUUUCCUCGAAGGGACAAGAAGCCGCUCUGCCAAAACAUUGACUCCUAAAUUUGGUCUUCUGAGUAUUGUGAUGGAACCAUUUUUCAAAAGAGAAGUUUUUGAUACCUACCUUGUUCCAAUUAGCAUCAGUUAUGAUAAGAUAUUAGAAGAAACUCUUUAUGCAUAUGAGCUUCUAGGGGUUCCUAAGCCAAAAGAAUCUACAACUGGACUCUUGAAAGCCAGAAGGAUUCUGUCUGAGAAUUUUGGAAGCAUCUAUGUGUACUUUGGGGACCCUGUGUCACUUCGAUCUCUGGCCUCUGGGAGGAUGAGUAGGAGCCCAUAUAACUUGGUUCCAAGGUAUAUUCCUCAGAAGCAAUCCGAGGACAUGCAUGCCUUUGUCACUGAAGUUGCCUACAAAAUGCAGCUUCUGCAAAUUGAAAACCUAGUUCUGAGCCCAUGGCCCCUAAUAGUUGCUGUUCUGCUUCAGAACCGGCCAUCCAUGGACUUUGAUGCUCUGUUAGAAAAGACUUUAUGGCUGAAAGGCUUAACCCAGGCAUUUGGAGGAUUUCUUAUUUGGCCUGAUAAUGAGCCUGCUGAAGAAGUUGUCCAGCACCACAUCCUUCUGCAUUCCAACAUUGCCAGCCUUGUCAAAGACCAGGUGAUUCUAAAAUUGGAAUCCGGAGACUCAGAAGUGGUCGAUGGACUUAUUUUCCAGCACAUCACUCUGCUCACGUGCUCCACUUACCGGAAUCAGUUGCUCAACAUUUUUGUCCGUCCAUCCUUAGUUGCUGUAGCACUGCAGAUGACGCCUGGCUUCAGGAAAGAGGAUGUCUACAGUGCUUUUCGCUUCCUACGUGAUGUUUUUUCAGACGAGUUCAUCUUCUUUCCAGGAAACACAGUAAAGGACUUUGAAGAAGGUUGUUACUUGCUUUGUAAAAGUGAGACCAUACAAAUGACUACACGGGACAUUCUAGUUACAGAGAAAGGAAAUGCUGUGUUAGAAUUUUUAAUAGGACUCUUCAGACCUUUUGUGGAAUGUUAUAAGCUACUUUGCAUAUACCUCUUGAAAGAAGAAGAAGAACACUUCACUGAGAAACAGUACUUGGCUGCUGUUAGAAAAUUCACAAGUCAGCUUCUCAAUCAAGGUGCCUCUCAGUGUUACGAUGUAUUAUCUUCUGAUGUACAGAAAAAUGCCUUAGCAGCUUUUGUGAGGCUUGGGGUAGUAGAGAAGAAGAAAGUAAAUAAUGAUUAUAUAUUUAGUGUGAAUGAACCUGCCACAACCAAAUUAGAAGAAAUGCUUGGAUGUAAGAUACCAAUAGGAAAACCAGCCACUGCAAAACUUUAAUAAUAAUCACCAAUUACGGAAAAUUUGGUCACAUAAUUACUGUCAUCAAAGGACUGUUAUUACAACAACAGGGAAGUAAAGGAAGAGAUUAUCUUCUCGUCCUUCGCAAGACUCCGAGAACAGAGAAUUCAGUAGAGAGGAAGAAAUGAUCAAUGUGAGCAAUCAGUGUAAUCUUCCCCACUACAAUGGUUAAAAGGCAUUUGUAUCCAACAGUGUGUGUUUAAAAUAAAACAAUCUUUUCAAAACAUGUUUGGAAAAGCAAAACUCAACUCUGAUUUCAUUAACACUUUCAACUUACUACAUGUGCUAAACUUUUAUGUUGACUUCCGAAUGAAAGUACAACAUCAACCUAAGGGCUCUGACUAUUCAAAGAAAACUGCUGGUGCCGGCAUUGUGAUACAGGUUAAGCCACUGCUUGUGAAGCCAGCAUUCCGUAUUGGAGUGUCACUUGGAGUCCUAGCUGCUCAGCUUCUGAUCCAGCUUACCACUGAUGCUCCUGGCAAGUCGGUGAAGAUGGCCCAAGUAUCUGGGCCCUUGCAACCCACGGGGGAGACCAGGAUGGAGUCCUGGCUCCUGGCUCUAGCUUGGCCCAGGCCUGAUUGUUGCCAUUUGGAGAGUGAACCAGCGGAUGGAAGAACUCUCUCUCUCGCACUCUCUUGCUGUAAUUCCCCUUCCAAAUAAAUUAAAAUCUAAAAAAUAAAUCAAUAAAAGAAAACUUUGAAAGAGUUAA